AUUCCUCGAACAACGACCUCAGCAGACAAAAUGGCGCCAGCAGCUAAGCAAAAGAAGAAGUGGUCCAAGGGCAAGGUCAAGGACAAGGCCAACCACGCCGUCGUCCUCGACAAGACCACCUCCGAGAGGCUGUACAAGGAUGUCCAGUCCUACCGUCUCAUCACCGUUGCCACCCUUGUCGACCGUCUGAAGGUCAACGGCAGCUUGGCCCGCCAGGCCCUCGAGGAACUUGAGGAGAAGGGUCUGAUCAAGAAGGUCGUUGGUCACUCCAAGCUGAACAUCUACACCCGUGCCGUCACCGCUGAGUAAACGGUUUCCCUUCGGAAUUCUUUUGCGGUUAUUGUUUUCAUUUGCGAUGAACGAGUCUCAUGAAAAUCCGAGAAAAUCGGCUGGGAGUUUGAUGCAAGGUGGUUCGAUGGCUUAAGCCGGAGUGGGUAUAGUUCGCUACUGGGCAUGUCAAGUAGAAUAAAACUUGAAUUGAUCACCAUCUAUUCCACUUCAAGAAGCAUCCUUUUUGCUGUAAGGCAUUACUUCAUGGCGAUGAUAAUCGAUAUUUCGAAGACAAGCAAAGAUCGGGUUUGAAGCAUGUACAGAAGACUGUAGUCCGCAGGAUAAUAGCAACGUUAUAUAUAAAACGAGA